AUGGAUGCUGCGGGAAGGGGCUGCCAUUUGCCGCCCCUGCCAGCGGCGCGCGGACCUGCUCGCUCCCCUGCGGUGGCGGCGGCCGCCCGCGCCGUCCGCCGGCCCGGCCUCUGCAGCGGCGCUGCCUCGGCUCCCUCCGCGGCCGCCGGAGCGGUCGCCAUGAACCCCAGCUCCUCGGCGGGAGAGGAGAAGGGGGCGACGGGCGGCAGCAGCAGCAGCGGAAGCGGCGCCGGGAGCUGCUGCCUGGGCGCCGAGGGCGGCGCGGACCCGAGGGGCGCGGGGGCAGCGGCGGCGGCGGGGGCCGCUGCCCUGGAAGAGCCCGGGGCCGCUGGUCCGAAAGAGAAGGACGAGGCGCUGGAGGAGAAGCUGCGGAACUUAACUUUCCGGAAGCAGGUCUCUUACAGGAAAGCAAUCUCCCGGGCUGGCCUGCAGCAUCUGACUCCUGCACAUCCCCUCAGCUUUCCUGUGGCAAAUGGGCCAGCAAAGGAGCCCAGAGCGACUCUGGACUGGAGUGAAAAUGCCGUGAAUGGAGAGCACCUGUGGCUGGAGACCAACGUCUCGGGAGACCUGUGCUACCUGGGAGAGGAGAGCUGUCAAGUCAGAUUUGCAAAAUCAGCUCUCAGGAGGAAGUGUGCCGUCUGUAAAAUCGUGGUCCACACAGCCUGCAUCGAACAGCUAGAAAAGAUUAAUUUCAGAUGUAAACCAACAUUUCGAGAAGGGGGCUCAAGAUCACCGAGAGAAAACUUUGUGCGUCACCACUGGGUGCACAGGCGCCGGCAGGAGGGGAAAUGUAAGCAGUGUGGGAAGGGCUUCCAGCAAAAAUUCUCCUUCCACAGUAAAGAGAUCGUGGCUAUCAGCUGUUCCUGGUGCAAGCAGGCGUUUCACAAUAAGGUGACCUGCUUCAUGCUGCAUCAGAUUGAGGAACCCUGCUCCCUGGGGGCUCACGCUGCUGUUAUUGUCCCGCCCACCUGGAUCAUUAAGGUGAAGAAACCUCAGAACUCUCUGAAGGCUUCAAAUCGGAAGAAGAAGAGAACAAGCUUUAAAAGAAAAGCCAGUAAAAGAGGAACCGAACAGGAAAACAAAGGUCGUCCUUUUGUGAUAAAACCUAUCUCUUCUCCUCUCAUGAAACCCUUGCUUGUGUUUGUGAACCCCAAGAGUGGAGGCAACCAGGGAACCAAAGUCCUGCAGAUGUUCAUGUGGUACCUGAAUCCACGGCAAGUCUUUGAUCUUUCUCAGGAAGGGCCAAAAGAUGCGCUUGAAUUAUACAGGAAAGUACCAAAUCUGCGGAUUCUGGCCUGUGGUGGGGAUGGAACGGUGGGCUGGAUCCUUUCCAUUCUGGAUGAACUGCAGCUGAGCCCUCAGCCUCCCGUCGGGGUCCUUCCUCUGGGGACUGGGAAUGACCUGGCUCGAACUCUCAACUGGGGAGGGGGCUACACUGAUGAACCUGUCUCUAAGAUCCUUUGCCAAGUAGAAGAUGGGACAAUUGUACAGCUAGAUCGCUGGAACCUCCAUGUGGAAAGAAACCCAGACUUGCCUCCGGAAGAACUUGAAGAUGGCGUGUGUAAGCUUCCUCUGAAUGUUUUCAAUAAUUACUUCAGCCUCGGAUUUGAUGCCCACGUCACAUUGGAGUUCCAUGAAUCCAGAGAAGCAAAUCCAGAGAAAUUCAACAGUCGUUUUCGAAAUAAAAUGUUCUAUGCAGGGGCAGCUUUUUCUGAUUUCCUACAGAGAAGCUCUAGAGAUUUAUCCAAACAUGUUAAAGUUGUCUGCGAUGGGACAGAUCUCACCCCAAAGAUUCAGGAACUGAAGUUCCAGUGUAUAGUAUUUUUAAAUAUACCCAGAUAUUGUGCUGGCACAAUGCCCUGGGGGAACCCAGGAGAUCACCAUGACUUUGAACCCCAGCGUCAUGAUGAUGGUUAUAUUGAAGUCAUUGGAUUCACCAUGGCCUCUUUGGCUGCCCUGCAAGUCGGGGGUCACGGAGAAAGGCUGCACCAGUGUCGGGAGGUCAUGCUGUUGACUUACAAAUCCAUCCCCAUGCAAGUGGAUGGGGAGCCCUGUAGGCUGGCCCCAGCUAUGAUUCGGAUCUCACUGAGGAAUCAGGCCAACAUGGUACAGAAGAGCAAGAGGAGGACAUCCAUGCCUUUACUCAAUGAUAUCCAUCAGGUGCAAGCUGCGGACCUGCGGAGAGUGUCUGCCCCGCCAGGCUCCUUCGCCAUUCCCCAGUCUGUCCCAGACCGUCUGAGGAUCCGGGUGAACAAAAUCAGUUUACAAGACUAUGAAGGAUUCCACUACGACAAAGAGAAACUUCGGGAAGCUUCCAUCCCUCUGGGUAUUCUAGUUGUGCGUGGAGACUGUGAUUUGGAGACUUGCCGUAUGUACAUAGAUCGCCUGCAGGAGGACCUGCAGUCAGUUUCUUCUGGCUCCCAGAGAGUUCAUUACCAGGACCACGAAACCUCCUUCCCCCGGGCGCUCUCAGCUCAGAGACUCUCCCCAAGGUGGUGCUUUCUAGAUGCUACUUCUGCAGACCGCUUUUAUCGAAUAGACAGAUCUCAGGAACAUCUGCACUUUGUGAUGGAGAUUUCCCAAGAUGAGAUUUUUAUUCUGGACCCAGAUAUGGUGUUGUCACAGCAGGCAGGGACACCUCCAGGAAUGCCUGAUCUGGUGGUGGAGCAGGCCUCAGGAAUGACAGACUGGUGGAAUCCUGCCCUCCGGAAACGCAUGCUGAGUGACAGCGGACUGACAAUGAUAACGCCACACUAUGAAGACUCAGAUCUGAAAGAUUUCAGCCACUCCCGAGUGCUACAGUCACCAGUCUCUUCAGAAGAUCACGCAAUUUUGCAGGCAGUAAUAGCUGGUGAUCUUAUGAAGCUAAUAGAAAGCUAUAAGAAUGGAGGCAGCCUGCUCAUUCAGGGACCAGACCACUGCUCACUCCUUCACUACGCAGCUAAAACCGGCAAUGGGGAGAUUGUGAAAUAUAUCCUUGACCAUGGACCUUCCGAGUUACUGGAUAUGGCAGACAGUGAAACGGGUGAGACUGCACUGCACAAGGCAGCCUGCCAGCGGAACCGGGCUGUGUGCCAGCUUCUGGUGGACGCAGGAGCAUCUCUGAGAAAGACGGACUCCAAGGGUAAGACACCUCAAGACAGAGCACAGCAGGCCGGGGACCCGGAGUUGGCUACCUACCUAGAAAGCCGCCAGAACUAUAAGAUGAUUGGCCAUGAGGACCUGGAAACUGCUGUUUGA